AUGGCAGAGCAGUGGGCAAGCUCACAAACUCCUCGACAGUCCAUUCCAGCUUGGCUCGUCAGGUGCCUUUAUAUCGCCCUAUUACGCUCCUUCGUCGGGCAAGCCAGUUGCACUCUCGAAUCAAAAAAUUGUCUCAAAGAGUGUACUCUAUUGAUUCAAAGCCAGUCGCCUUCACUGGCAGUCGGCAGGUGCUCCGGAAUGACCAAAGAAGACCUUCUACGCAUGGGCAAGCACCUCCAAAUCAUCGACGUUGCCCAAUAUCCCGCUCAGAUUGCUGAGGGAAACGCACAACUCGUCAACCAUCCUCUGAACGGCUCCAGCCCCGAGGAAGCAGAAAAGUGGAAGCAUAUCGAGCGAGCAAGAAUGAACGAUGGCGAGAUAAGGUCGGCCAAGGAUGACACGCCAUGGCAUGCUAUCGCAGCAGUCAAGAAGGAAGUUCCCAAGAAGCAUGCCAGCUAG